GUUCACAUAGCAAGUACCGGGCUAGCCAGGAACACUUGCAAUAUCAAUACCCUGCCUAAAAAACAAAAGCCUUUAGUCCCAGCACUCGGGAGGCAGAGGCCAGCCUCGUCUACAUGGCAAACUCCAGGACAGCUAGGACUACAUGGAAAGACACUAAAGACAGACAAGACCUUUUAGUGGCCAGGCCAUCUCUGUACCUUGUUCAUGUCCCUCAUUCUAUCACUUCUGGACAUGUGCACAGCUCCUGGCCCUUUAAACGUUCACCAUAUUCCUCAGUCCAUGUCAGUCAUGUCCCUAAGACAGUGACGACUUCAGGCCCUUGUAGGAGUUCUGACAUCUGCAGUUUGUCUUUCUGACAGUUUUAGAGGAACACACAGCAGAAGCAGAGACGGAAUUCCUGAUACUGUUGAGGCUUGAGAGACUUGACCAGUGGACAGAUUUAUCAACAAGGCCACCUUUCUAAAUUUACCCCUAUGAGGGGCAUUCGGUCCUUUGAUGGGCACUGGUCACUUAGCCCCCUAAGUGCUGGGGUUACGGGCACGGGCCACGAUGUAUUCUCAGUGUGUGGAUGCCUGAUGUCCCCACCCUGGGGUGAGAGCUUGUCCUCUAGUCAUGAGAAGAACAGUGGAACGCCGCUCACUGAACAUUUGCUCCAUACCAGAUUGGCUGGUGGACAGAAGACAUUGUAACCUAAAAUGGCAAAGCCUGGUGCUGACCAUCCGGGAGAAGAUCAACACUGCCAUCCAGGACAUGCCAGAGAGCCAAGAGAUUGCCCAGCUGCUCUCUGGAUCCUACAUUCAUUACUUCCACUGCCUAAGAAUAGUGGACCUUCUUAAAGGUACCGAGGCCUCCACCAAAAAUAUUUUUGGCCGGUACUCUUCUCAGCGGAUGAAGGAUUGGCAGGAGAUCAUAAGCCUGUAUGAGAAGGACAACACCUACUUAGUGGAGCUUUCUAGCCUCCUGGUUCGGAAUGUCAGCUAUGAGAUCCCUUCAUUGAAGAAGCAGAUUGCCAAGUGCCAGCAGCUGCAGCAGGAAUACAGCCGCAAGGAGGAGGAGGGCCAGGCUGGGGCCGCUGAGAAGCGCGAACAGUUCUAUCAGUCAUGCAAACAGUACGGCAUCACGGGAGACAACGUCCGGAGAGAGCUCCUGGGCCUGGUGAAGGAGCUGCCGAGCCAGCUGGCUGAGAUAGGAGCAGGAGCUCAGUCCCUGGGGGAGGCCAUCGACCUGUACCAGGCCUGUGUGGAGUUUGUGUGUGACAGCCCCCCAGAGCAGCUGCUGCCCAUGCUGCGCUACGUGAAGAAGAAGGGCAACUCCACUGUGUAUGAAUGGAGGACAGGCACAGAGCCCUCUGUGGUAGAGCGGCCGCAGCUGGAGGAACCUCCUGAGCAGGUGCAAGAAGAUGAGAUUGACUGGGGUGACUUCGGAGUGGAGGCCGUUUCCGACUCGGGCAUCUCCGCCGAGGCCCCUGGAAUAGACUGGGGCAUCUCCCUGGAAUCAGAGUCAAAGGAUGCUGGGGGUGACAAGAUAGACUGGGGUGUUGACGCUGCUGCUGCUGCUGCUGCUGCGGAGAUCACCGUGCUGGAGACCGGAACGGAGGCUCCAGAGGGCGUUGCUAGGGGCUCAGACGCUCUGACUCUUCUUGAAUACCCUGAGACCCGGAAUCAGUUCAUUGAUGAGCUGAUGGAGCUCGAGAUCUUCUUGUCCCAGAGAGCAGUGGAGAUGAGCGAGGAGGCUGAUAUCCUGUCCGUGAGCCAGUUCCAGCUGGCUCCUGCCAUCCUUCAGGGUCAGACCAAAGAGAAGAUGCUCAGCCUGGUGUCCACACUGCAGGAUCUGAUUGGCCGGCUCACCAGUCUCCGAAUGCAGCACUUGUUCAUGAUCCUGGCCUCGCCAAGGUAUGUGGACCGAGUGACGGAGUUCCUUCAGCAGAAGCUGAAGCAGUCCCAGCUGUUGGCUUUGAAGAAAGAGCUCAUGGUGGAGAAGCAGCAGGAGGCACUUCAGGAGCAGGCAGCUCUGGAACCCAAGCUGGACCUGCUGCUGGAGAAGACCAGAGAGCUGCAGAAGCUGAUUGAAGCUGACAUCUCUAAGAGGUACGGUGGCCGUCCCGUGAACCUGAUGGGAACCUCUCUGUGACACGCUCCCAGCCUCCUGUGGAGGUGGGACAGCCCAGGCUGGUGCUACCAGGCCUCGCCAGCAAGAAGCCAGGCACACCCGGGGACUGAGCGUGAAGUGUCACCUGAAUGGCGACGCUGGCAUUCACUGUGAUCUCUGCAGGUUGGCUUGAGUGGCUCUGUGACCCGUGGCUCUGUGGCCUGUCAGCCUGAAGCCACAGCUUUUCCUUCUAGUUAUCAAGCAAGGCUUAAUAAAAAAGGAAAAGACUUCA